ACAAAAUAUUGCCUUCACUUACACACACGCAUACAUGUGUAAAAUAAACAGAUAAUCUAUUUAAAACAUAUAAGUAUUUGUUCAUAGAUCAAAAUCUGAGGUGUGUUGUCGAUCCUGAUUUUAGGAAAUAAUGGAUCAGGAUGAGCAAGAUAGAGCAUUGCCGAUUGCAAAUGUGAGUCGAAUCAUGAAGCAAAUCCUUCCCCCUAGUGCAAAGAUCUCCAAAGAAGGUAAACAAGUAAUGCAAGAGUGUGUGACAGAGUUCAUAAGUUUUGUGACUGGCGAGGCAUCUGACAAGUGUCACAAGGAGAAUCGCAAGACCGUUAAUGGGGAUGACAUCUGUUGGGCUCUAAGUUCAUUAGGGUUUGACAACUAUGCUGAGGCCAUAGGAAGGUACUUGCAUAAAUACAGGCAAGCUGAAAGGGAGAAAAUCAAUCACGACAAAAAGUAUGAAAACCCUCAUAUCAACCGUGCUCCACCACCACCACUACUUCUGUCUAGGGUUACUCGUGACAAGGUUGAAAACCCUCCUCCUUCUCCUCCUAAUCAAUCUGGAUGAGUACGUAGUUUCUGUAAUGAAGAUUGAACAAGGUGAUGACAAGAAGAACGAACACUUCUAAUUUUGUUGGAUGCAUGUUGUGAUGAGAUGUGCCUUUUUUUCAGGAUCAGGGGGUUGUAGUCCAUAUCAGUUGCAGAACCUCAACACCACAAAGCUUUUAGUAGAGUACUGCGUGUAUUAUAUAUAUUCAAAUUAAUAUAUAGCGAUUUAAUUUCCGUGAAGCACAUUGUCAAUAUAUCAAAAUCAAUAUUAAUAUUCCAUGGAAUUUAGUGAAUGCCUGUGGCCUUGGCAGCACUGUUCCAUGCUGGAGCUCUGAAAAUUAGAUGUGUUGUUAAAGGCUGUAACAUGACAUUAAUUAAAUAU